AUGAAUUGGCCGGCCGGACGGACCGGCUGCCCGCCGGCGCUGCCCCUGCACGCCUCCGUUGGCCAGGUCGCUGCUCCCAGCCGCCGCUUCUGCCCGAGACGGGAUUCCGCGCACCACACACCUGCCCUGCCCUACCCACGCAGCAGAGGUCGCCUCGGACAGCUGGUGUCGCCAAGACCGGUGGAGCAGGCCGGCUGGGCCCGGUGUGCUAAUGAGGCGGGGGUCGACGACCACCGCCCAAAUCCCCCGCCCGUGGCCGCGGCUGCGGAGGCGGAGGCGAGCACACACCUGCUGGCGAUGUGGCGUCCGGUGGCGCUGUCGGUGUGGCUGCUGCUGGCGACGUCACGCGGCCUGCACGUGCCGCCUCCCGACGAGCCGUCGUUCGUGCGCGACGCCGUGGAGGCGCCGCCGGGCCAGAGCCUGGCGCUGCGACGCUCCGCCACCGCCGGCCGCCCCCGCCUGCCGGCCUUCGGGACGAGGCAGCUGCCGCUGCGGCAGGCCGUCGAGAGUCCGCCCAUGGCUGCCAGGCUGAGGUCUUCAGAGCGACUGCCGCUGCGAGAUGCGGUGGAGCACGUGCCGUAUGAAGCGCGGCCGGGCGCGCCGCCCGCCAGCGAGGCGUUCUCGCUGUGGCGCGGCUUCGGCGACUGGCUGCCCGAGAACCUGCCCAGCACGCGGCAGUUCAACCACUCGUUCGCCUGGUGGCACGACGCCAUCAUCGCCAAACUGUCGCUCGGCGGACCGCGCACCAAGCCGCCGUCGCUGCAGGCGCCCUCUACACACAACUCUGGUAUACGUCAGUUUAAGGUAGUAUGCUUCGUGGAAGGAUGGGCCGGCUACAGAAGGGAUCCAAUGCGGUUUACCACUGCCGACAUCGACCCAUUCGCCUGCACACACAUCAUUUACGCCUUCGCCGUCAUGGAUCCUCACGACCUACACAUCAAGCCCCAGGAUGAACAGUAUGACAUCAUACAAGGAGGGUAUCGCUCCAUAGUGGGCCUGAAGAGGCAGAACCCGCAGCUGAAGGUGAUGAUCUCUGUGGGCGGCUGGCCCGAAGAGCGGCGCAAGUUCGCCGAGAUGACGGCCAGCGCUUCGACCCGGCGCGAGUUCAUCCGCUCCGUUCUGCACUUCAUCGACGAGUACGGCUUCGACGGAAUAGACCUCGACUGGGAGUAUCCAGGCGCGGCGGACAUGGGCGGGUCUGCGCGCGAGAAGGAGCACUUCUCGCUGCUGGUGGAGGAGCUGGCGGAGGCGUUCGCGCCGCGCGGCAGCGUCCUGAGCGCGUCCGUGUCGCCGUCGCGCUUCCGCGUCGAGGACGGCUACGACGUGGCGCGGCUGGCGCGCCGCCUCCACUUCGUCAACCUCAUGGCGUUCGACCUGCUCACCGAGCAGGACGCAGCCGCCGACCACCACGCGCCGCUCACGCAGCGCAGGCACGACUACGGCCUCGCCGUCUUCUACAACGUCGAUUAUGCAGUUCGAUACUGGCUUAGGAAGGGAGCCCGACGUGACCAACUGGUUGUUGGCAUUCCAUUCCAUGGACAUUCAUUCACCUUGCAAGAUGAAGCUAAAAAUUCUCCAGGAGCCCCUGUGAAGGGCCUAGGAAAAGAAGGACCCUUUACCCAGGAGAAAGGUUUCUUGGCAUACUUUGAAAUAUUGCAACUGCUUGAGGAAGGCCACUGGAUGAAGGCAACUGAUGAUGUAGGCAGCCCCUACAUGGUUAAAGGCAACCAGUGGAUUGGCUAUGAGGACCAGCGUAGUAUUGCCACUAAGGUCAUGUAUAUCAAGAAAAAUCUUCUCGGUGGAGCCAUGGUGUGGGCACUUGACUUAGACGACUUUGAGGGAGCAUAUGGACAAAAAUGGCCUCUUCUUUCAGUAGUGAAGAAGGGACUCUUGGUUGAUAGUGAUCAACAGCAGACGUCGCAGGAACCCACACUUGUCACACCACCUAUUGCUGGAGUCCCUGUGAGUGUUGACAGUAGCCAGUACAACUGUUCAGGCCGUGGUUAUGUGCGAGACUCGGCCAGUUGCCAAAUAUAUCACCGUUGUGAAUGGGGCAUGAAGCAUACUUACAUCUGCCCAGAAGGCUUGCAUUACGACUCGCGCACUCAACUAUGUGAUUGGCCACAGAUAGCUAACUGCCCCAUGGAUAAUUCUUCACAGCGUAUAGAACAAGAGAAGCAGUCAGAGGUAACCUGCAAUGAGGAAGGACUUAUGGAAGAUCCAAAAGACUGUAAUAGGUAUUACAUGUGUCACAAAGGCAUGGCACAGCACUAUUCAUGCAUGCUUGGUCAGUAUUUCAAUGUGCAAAAGGGCAUUUGUGAAUAUGGCAGUUGCAUGCCAAAGGCUUCUCAGGACAACAUUCCAAGCAGUCAAACAAGAAAUCUGGUUGGAGAGGAUCAUUACAAAGUGGUGUGUUAUUAUGCCAGCUGGGCAUGGUAUCGCAAAGAAGGAGGAAAAUUUGUGCCAGAGCACAUUGAUCCCACUCUGUGUACCCAUAUUGUAUAUGCUUAUGCAUCACUGGAUCCUAACACACUCACCAUGAAAUACUUUGAUGAGCGUGCAGACAAGGAAAACAAUUUCUAUGAGAGGUUAACUGAAUUACCAAAGAAGUCAGGUCACCACCAACAGCAUGCAUCUGAUGUGACAGUGAUGAUAGGCCUUGGAGGAUGGACAGAUUCUGCUGGGGAUAAGUACAGCAGACUAGUGAGUGAAGGAUCAGCACGGCGACGUUUUGUGUCUAAGACAGUGGAAUUCCUACAGAGACAUCAGUUUGGUGGUCUUCAUCUUGACUGGGAUUACCCUCGCUGUUGGCAGUCCAACUGUGGGCGUGGGCCUACUUCAGAUAAACCAAAUUUCACAAAACUUGUACAAGAACUGCGCCAAGCAUUCAAGAAACAAAAUCCGCCACUUGCACUGGCAAUUUCUAUUUCUGGUUAUCAUGAAGUGAUAGAUGAAGCUUACGACUUAGCUGAACUAGGUCGCAACACAGAUUUCAUGUCUGUCAUGACCUACGAUUACCAUGGCAGCUGGGAGAAGAGUACAGGCCAUGUCAGCCCACUAUACCAUCGCAGUGGUGAUAUUUUCCCCAUGUACAAUACAAAUGACACAAUGGAAUACCUUGUGAACAAAGGAGCACCUCGUGACAAACUGCUGGUUGGCAUUCCAUUUUAUGGCCAGAGCUAUACACUCGAAAACCCAAGUAACCAUGAUAUAGGUGCACCUGCCGCAGGACCAGGACUUGCAGGAGAGUUCACCAUGCAACCAGGAAUGCUAGCAUAUUAUGAAAUAUGUGAUCGAGUGCGCAACAACUUUUGGAAGAUUGGGCGUGACCGAUUAGGAGCCACUGGCCCAUUUGCAUAUGCUGGCAACCAGUGGGUCAGUUUUGAAGAUACCAAAUCAGUGAAAGAAAAGGCUAAGUACAUCAAGAACAUGGGUUAUGGAGGAGCCAUGACUUUCACUCUAGAUCUUGAUGAUUUUGAGAACCGUUGCUGUCGUGGUGCAUUUCCAUUACUACGCAGUAUUAAUCGGGUGUUUGGACGAAUACCGGAAUCUGCUGAGCCUUCAGGUGAUGACUGCACUCGUCCUCCUCCUCCUGUCACACCACCACCACCAACAUACACUACUGGUGUAGAUUCUGGUGACCAUCGCCCAACAACACCUAUUUCAACUACUCAUCAGCAUCCUACAUCUCCCAAGCCAUCUACAACUGAAUAUCCUUGGUGGACUCCGUCAACAACUACUUCAACAACUACAACUACUACAACAACUACUACUACCACCACUAGCACUACUACGACACCUAGACCCACCACAAGGCCUACAACUAUGUCUACAACUGAGUAUCCUUGGUGGACACCUUCAACUACAUCCACAACAAAGAAACCUCCAACUACCAGACCUUCAACUACAUCUACGACUGAAUAUCCUUGGUGGACACCUUCAACAACAUCCACCACGAGGAAGCCUCCGACCACUAGGCCUACAACAACGAGCACUACUGAAGAAUACCCAUGGUGGACAUCUCCUAGUACAACAAAGAAGCCAACAACAAGCUCUACUACGGAACAACCCUGGUGGACUCCUUCAACUACCAGUACCACAUCAACAGCUGCUCCAACAACUACAAUGACUACAACAGAGAAGCCAUGGUGGAGUACAACCCCACAGAAGCCCUUACCACCAGAUUCAGGACCUUGUGAAGCUGGAGUCUAUUAUCCUGAUCCUACAAACUGCAAUGCAUAUUACAGAUGUGUUCUUGGAGAACUGCGUAAAGAAUUUUGUGCUGGAGGUCUGCAUUGGAACCCAGACAAAAAGGUCUGUGACUGGCCCAGUGAAUCCAAAUGUGACACAAAAGAACCUUCAGAGACAACUGUAGGUAGCACUACUUCUAGUACAACAGAGAAUCCAUGGUGGACACCAAGCAAACCAUCUGAGACACAAGCAACUACGACCACUACGGAAGUACCUUGGUGGAGCACAACAAGACCACCACGGCCACCAACAACUGAAGGGAACAGUGAAUGGGUGACGACAUCAAGGCCUACAACUACCCAACAGCCAUCAGAAGAAGUGUCAGAGUGUAUGAAUGGUCAGUAUUAUCCAGUGGCUGGGUCCUGCAAGAGCUUUUACAUUUGUGUCAAUGGCCGCCUCAUCAAACAAACUUGUGCACCUGGCUUGGUGUGGAAUCAGGACCAAACUAUGUGUGACUGGGGCUUCAAUGUGAAGUGCGCAGAUGAUAGUGAAAGAGAAGCGGUUCACAAAGCUCAGCCAGAUGACCCUUGUAAUCAGGGUGCCCUCAACCCUUAUCCAGGAGACUGCACGCGAUACCUCUAUUGCCAAUGGGGCAGGUAUCAUGAAGCAGACUGUGCAGCAGGGCUCCAUUGGAAUGAGAUGGAGAAGAUUUGUGAUUGGCCAGAAAAUGCCAAAUGUACAGACAUGGAGAGUGGUAGUGAAGCCCCAGCUGCUUCAUCACAGAAACCUGUUACAGAGAUGAGUACAAGUUGGACAACUGCUGCACCAACAACCAAGCCACCAUGGACAUGGGCAACAACCACUACAGUGAAACCUGUAACAACUACUUCUACAAGGGCACCACCAGCUCAGGGUCCACCUAUCUCAGGUUACUUCAAAGUUGUGUGCUAUUUUACCAACUGGGCAUGGUACAGACGGGGCCUAGGAAAAUAUGUUCCAGAAGAUAUUGAUGCAAACCUCUGCACACACAUUGUCUAUGGAUUUGCCGUACUUGAUUAUGAGAAUCUCAUCAUUAAAGCUCAUGAUUCAUGGGCAGACUUUGACAACAAGUUCUAUGAACGAGUAGUGGCUUAUAAAAAGAAAGGUUUGAAAGUGUCACUGGCUAUUGGAGGCUGGAAUGACUCUGCUGGUGACAAAUACAGUCGACUAGUGAACAGUCCUUCAGCAAGGCGGCGCUUCAUUAAACAUGUUCUGGAAUUUUUGGAGAAAUAUGGCUUUGAUGGAUUGGAUCUUGACUGGGAAUAUCCUGUUUGUUGGCAGGUUGAUUGUGCCAAGGGACCAGCUUCAGACAAAUCAUCAUUUGCUGCACUGGUCAAAGAGUUAAGGCAGGCCUUUGAGCCUAAGGGAUUGUUGUUAUCUUCAGCUGUAUCUCCAAGCAAAACUGUAAUUGAUGCAGGUUAUGAUGUUAAAACUCUGGCAGAGAAUCUUGAUUGGAUAGCAGUGAUGACUUAUGAUUUCCAUGGCCAAUGGGACAAGAAAACAGGACAUGUAGCACCUCUUUAUUUCCAUCCUGAUGACGAUUUCUACUUCUUUAAUGCUAACUUCUCCAUUAAUUACUGGAUAUCAGAAGGAGCACCCAGGCGCAAAAUCGUCAUGGGUAUGCCUUUGUAUGGCCAGUCUUUCCAACUGGAGAAAGCUUCUACUAAUGGUCUAAAUGCUCGAUCAACUGGACCAGGCCAGGCUGGAGAAUUCACAAGGGCUGCUGGUUUUCUGGCCUAUUAUGAGAUUUGCGACAGAAUUAAGAACAAAGGAUGGACAGUUGUGCAGGACCCAGAGCGAAGGAUGGGACCAUAUGCAUUCAAAGGCAAUCAGUGGGUCAGUUUUGAUGAUGUUGCAAUGAUUCAACAAAAGAGUGAAUACAUAAGGAAAAUGGGCCUUGGUGGUGGAAUGAUAUGGGCCCUUGACCUAGAUGAUUUCCGCAACCGAUGUGGUGGUGGUACACAUCCUCUUCUAAAUACAAUUCGCACAGUAUUGGCAGCACCACCAGGAGGAGAUGGAGCUACAGAAAUGCCUCCCACAUGGAGCACACCUGGCGGAGGGCAACCAACAAUGUCAACUGAAGAGUGGAUGUCAUCAACAUCUAUUUCUAGCACUGAAAUAACUGACGGUGGUCAUCAUAGCACACAAGACUCAGGUGGUGAAGUUACGUCUGUAUCACCGGCUAUUACAACUACAAACAGACCUGCCCAUCCAGGGACAUCAUCAUCUCCUCCUCCUCUUCCUCAAGGAGAAUUUAAGGUGGUCUGCUAUUUCACAAAUUGGGCAUGGUAUAGGCAAGGUGUUGGCAAGUACCUUCCAAAUGAAAUAGAUCCUGAUCUCUGCACCCAUAUAGUUUAUGGGUUUGCAGUACUGAAUGGAGAUCGACUGACCAUAAAACCACAUGAUACAUGGGCAGACUAUGACAACAAAUUCUAUGAGAAGGUCACAGAAUAUAAGAAAAAAGGCAUCAAAGUGCUUGUAGCUAUUGGGGGAUGGAAUGACUCUGCUGGAGACAAGUACAGUCGGUUGGUGAAUAAUCCUGGUGCCAGAAGGAGGUUUAUAGAAGAUGUAAUAGAUUUUAUUGAACAAAAUAACUUUGAUGGUCUUGAUCUAGAUUGGGAAUAUCCAAAGUGUUGGCAGGUAGACUGCAAGAAAGGACCGGAUUCAGACAAAGAAGCCUUUGCUGCUUUUGUGAGAGAACUGAGGGCAGCAUUCAACCCAAAGGGAUUGCUGUUGACAGCUGCUGUUUCUCCUAGCAAGGCUGUUGUUGAUGCUGGUUAUGAUGUUCCAACACUUUCCCAGAAUCUAGACUGGAUUGCAGUGAUGACAUAUGAUUUCCAUGGACAGUGGGAUAAGAUAACUGGCCAUGUGGCUCCAAUGUACACACAUCCAGAAGAUGUUGAUGUCACAUUCAAUGCUAAUUUUUCAAUCCACUACUGGAUUCAGAAGGGAGCCAGCCCCAAAAAAAUAGUGAUGGGAAUGCCAAUGUAUGGACAGUCAUUCAGUCUUGCUGACAACUCAGACCAUGGCUUGAAUGCACCAACAUAUGGGGGAGGUGAAGCUGGAGAGUCUACGAGAGCACGUGGAUUCCUUUCCUAUUAUGAGAUUUGCACAAAUAUCCAGAAGAAGGGCUGGAGGGUUGUGAAAGAUCCAGAAGGUCGUAUGGGGCCUUAUGCAUAUUUGCGUGAUCAAUGGGUGUCCUUUGAUGACACAUCAAUGAUUCGUUAUAAAUCAAACUUCAUAAAAAGGAUGGGAUUAGGUGGUGGCAUGAUUUGGGCUUUAGACCUGGAUGAUUUCCGUAAUGUGUGUUCUUGUGAGAAAUAUCCCUUGCUGAAAACAAUUAACAGAGUGCUAAGAGGUUACCCAGGCCCUGGCCCUAACUGUGAUAUUGAGGCCACUGAGAAACCAGGCUCUGAAGAGACUGAUAAUCGAAUUCAUCCUACAAUUCCUCCUACAUCCCCCACUAACAACUGGAAUGUAAUAAUUGGAGGUGGUGGUAUUGUUCCAAAAGAUCCUACAUGUGGGAACCGUCUUUUUGCUCCACAUGAUAAAGACUGCAAUAAAUAUUAUCUUUGUCAAUAUGGUGACUUCAUGGAGCAGAGUUGUCCACAAGGGCUCUACUGGAACAAGGAUCAUUGCGACUGGCCUUCAAAUACGGAUUGCAGCAAGGAAGACAGCUCUGUAAUUAAUCCAGCACCAAUUGCUAGCACCCAAGAGCCAGAAAUGAGUUCAACAACAGAGAACAUCCAUAUGUCUGAAUCCACAGUCACAACAAGCAUUCGCCCUAGUGAACCAGGCACCAGUACUGCUAUGACACCCUCUGGAGACUACAUGGUUGUCUGUUAUUUCACAAACUGGGCAUGGUACAGGCAAGGUCUUGGGAAGUAUUUACCAUCUGAUAUUGAUACAUCAUUGUGUACACAUAUUGCUUAUGGUUUUGCAGUGCUGGAUGGCAACACACUAACAAUAAAGCCACAUGACUCUUGGGCAGAUCUAGACAAUGAGUUUUAUACAAAAGUCUCAGGAUUAAAGAAAAAGGGAAUUAAAGUUCUCUUAGCAAUUGGCGGUUGGAAUGAUUCUCUUGGUGACAAAUACAGUCGGCUUGCAAACAAUCCAUCAGCAAGAAGAAAAUUUGUUGAACAUGUUGUGAAGUUCAUCGAGAAGUAUGGCUUUGAAGGACUAGAUCUUGACUGGGAAUAUCCAAAAUGUUGGCAGGUUGACUGCAAUGCUGGACCAGAUUCUGACAAGCAAGGAUUUGCAGACUUAGUGAAAGAACUGAGCAUGGCUUUCAAACCACGAGGAUUGCUCUUGUCAUCUGCCGUUUCGCCAAGCAAAGUUGUCAUUGAUUCAGGCUAUGAUGUUCCUGUUCUGUCACAGUAUUUUGAUUACAUCUCUGUGAUGACUUAUGAUUUCCAUGGCCAUUGGGAUAAGCAGACUGGUCAUGUUGCUCCCCUGUAUUAUUACCCUGGAGAUACUUAUGAUUAUUUCAAUGCUAACUUCACAAUGCAUUACUGGAUAGAGAAGGGAGCUGACAGGAAAAAGCUUAUAAUGGGUAUGCCCAUGUAUGGACAGUCAUUCUCACUGGCUGAUGCUAAAAAUCAUGGUCUGAAUGCUAAGUCAUAUGGCCCUGGUGAAGCUGGAGAGUUUACAAGGGCUGGUGGAUUCAUGGCGUAUUAUGAGAUAUGUUAUAAUGUCAAGAGCAAAGGAUGGACCACUGUACGAGAUCCUGAAGGAAGAAUUGGUCCAUAUGCAUACCGUGGUAAUCAGUGGGUUUCUUAUGAUGAUGUGUCUGACAUCAGAAGAAAGACUCAGUUCAUAAAAGAACUUGGACUUGGUGGUGGAAUGAUAUGGGCUCUCGACCUUGAUGACUUCCGCAAUCGCUGUGGUUGUGGCACUUACCCACUGUUGCGUACAAUUAAUAGUGAACUUAGAGGUCUGACAGCAAACACACAUGACUGCACAUAAACUUAAGCCCUCUUGAAUUAUUAUUUAUUGUGAAACCAUGUGGAACUGUGCCUGGACAAAACAUUUGUGUGAGUGGAAGACUUAAGUGAUGUGAAUGUUAGUGAUUUCAACAAAACUGAAAGUUUGUGUCCUACAGCUACCAGUUGCUGUAGCAGCAAGGUUAGCACAUACAAAUAAAAUGAGACUGCAUCAAGAGGAAUUAUCACACAUAUUUUCAAAUUCUUUUAAACUUUUAAAGAAAAUGAGAGCAUGAGAUUUGAAGGGGUGUUAUCACAAAACAUUUGUGAUCAAACUCUGCUGUGCCAUAACUUAGAUUUAAAGGAUUCAAAAACAACUGGAACAUUUGUUUUAUACCUUCACAUGUCUUGCUUUUCCAGCAAAUACUGUUAAAAAUGUUGGAAAUAAAUGAAUGCUCAAUUUUAAUGAUUAUUCAUGCAUGUUUCUUGCAUUUUAAACUAGACAAUGACAUCGUACCUUAAAGUUUGUGAUUCUACUUUGGUUGUGACAAGAAAUGUCUCUGUCAAAUAUGUGAGAACUGUAAUAAUGGAGAACUGUGUUAAGUCUGUUCAUGCAUGUGACUUCAUAGACACAUAACAAUGAAACAGGAUUUAGUCACAACAAAUAAACAGUGAAAUUAAUUGCUUCUUACAACAUAUGAUCUAUGAAACUGAACUGCUUAAUUGCCAAGUUAUUUACAUAGAUAUAUCUCAAAGGACAUUUUACAUGCUCUACAUUCUUUAAAUCCUGUUAAAAUUGUAAACUAAGAUUUCAUGUUUCUGUUGCAAAGGAUAUGCAUAUUUUAGCAUGAUGAAUGAAGUCACGUUGAAUCCAUUCCCAGUACUGUUUACUACUUACAAUACAUUUUUGUGUUUUAAAAUGUAUUUGAGGUAUUACACAACAUACUACCUUCUGUAAAUUUUAUUUCACAGUAUUUCAUGAGCUGGUCUUAAUUUUGUUUUUCAAUUAGUAGCUUUAUUAAAGAACUAGCUCAGCCAUUUCUGCGAAUUGUCUGUGAUACUGAGAAGAUGUCCAGAUGUAUGGUUCUGUGCAAAGAUGUUAAAUUGUUACAUUAUGUAUGGAAGAUAAACUGAUGGAAAUUUGUAAGUGUAUAUUUAAACAAAACCAGUUUUAAAGUAUAGAACACUCAUAUUUGGCAUGAAAUUGUAUGUUCUGAUGCAAUCUGGAGCUACUAUGCAAAGGACUGCCUCCCAUGUCCUUAAGGUAGAGACUGGAUGUAAAAUUAUGUCAAUAAAACUGAU